AUGGCAGGCCACCAGUGGGCGGUGAGGUCGGCUCUGUGCGCGUGCAUGGUGGCCGUGUCCCUGCUGCGCGUGGGCGAGGUGUGGGCCGACUGCUGGCUGAUCGAGGGGGAGAAGGGCUUCGUGUGGCUGGCCAUCUGCAGCCAGAACCAGCCCCCCUACGAGUCCAUCCCGCAGCAGAUCAACAGCACCAUCCUGGACCUGCGGCUGAACGACAACAAGAUCAAAAGCGUCCAGUUCUCCUCCCUCAGCCGCUUCAGCAACCUCACAUACCUCAACCUGACCAAGAACGAGAUCUCGUACAUCGAGGACGGUGCCUUCUCCGGACAGUACAACCUGCAGGUGCUGCAGCUGGGCUACAACCGCCUGAGGAACCUGACUGAGGGGGUCCUCCGGGGGCUGGGGAAGCUGGAGUACCUCUACCUCCAGGCCAACCUCAUCGAGACGGUCACCCCCAACGCCUUCGGGGAGUGCCCCAGCAUCGUGAACAUCGACCUGUCCAUGAACAGGAUCCAGCGGCUCGACAGCAACACCUUCCGGGGCCUGAGCAAGCUCUCCGUCUGCGAGCUCUACAGCAACCCGUUCUACUGCUCCUGCGAGCUGCUGGGCUUCCUCCAGUGGCUCGAGGGCUUCACCAACAUGACGCGCACCUACGACCGCAUGCAGUGCGACUCCCCGCCGGACUACUCCGGCUACUACCUGCUGGGCCAAGGGCGGACCGGCUACCGCAACGCCCUGGGCAUGCUCUCCUCGCUCUGCACCGGCGGCCCCUACACCAUGCCCCCCUAUUUAAUGCCCCCCAAGAAGCUGGCGACCACCGCGCCGCCAGAGAGCCCGUGCCCGGAGGAGGAGUGCUUCUCUGGCGACGGCACCACCCCACAGGUCUCGCUGCACACGCCCGUGAUCGACCCAGGCCUGUACCCGACCAUGAAGGUGAAGCACGUGACGCACAACUCCGCGGUGCUGAGCGUGCAGAUCCCGGUGCCCUACAGCAAGAUGUACACCCUGGCCCAGUUCGAGAACGGCCGCUACAACAUCCUGGCCAAGCUCUUGAAGAAGAAGGAGGACAUCGAGCUGACGGACCUGGGCCCCAACGAAGACUACACCUACUGCGUGAUGUCCUCCAGCCGGGUCUCCAGGUACAACUACACCUGCCUCACCAUCAACCUCAACAAGCAGAGCAGGGAGGAGCCCUUGCCCAGCCCCUCGACGGCCACGCACUACAUCAUGACCAUCUUGGGCUGCCUCUUUGGCAUGGUGAUCGUGCUCGGGGUGGUGUACUACUGCCUGCGGAAGAGGCGCCACCAGGAGGAGAAGCACAAGAAAGCCGCCAUCAAUAUGAAGAAGACCAUCAUCGAGCUGAAGUACGGGCCAGAGAUGGAGGCGACCAGCAUCUCCCAGCUGUCCCAGGGCCAGAUGCUGGGCGGGGAGGCCAUGACGCGCAUCCCAUACCUCCCCUCGGUGGGAGAGGUGGAGCAGUACAAGCUCAUCGACAGCAGCGAGACCCCAAAGACGACCAAGGGCAACUACAUGGAGGUGCAGACCAAGGAGCCGCCGGAACGGAGGGACUGCGAGCUCCCCCUGCCGCCGGACAGCCAGAGUUCGGUGGCCGAGAUCUCCACCAUCACCAAGGAGGUGGACAAGGUCAACCAGAUCAUCAACAACUGCAUCGAUGCCUUGAAAUCGGAAUCCACCUCCUUCCAGGGGGUCAAGUCGGGGGCAGUGUCCACUGCCGAACCUCAGCUGGUGCUCUUAUCCGAACAGAUCCCCAGCAAACACAGCUUCCUCACCCCGGUCUACAAGGAGAGCUACGCUCACCCGCUGCAGAGGCACCACAGCAUGGAGGGGCCCCCCAAGCACUCCAGCACCUCUUCCAGCGGCUCCAUCCGGAGCCCCCGAUCCUUCCGCUCCGACGGCGCCGGCCACAAAUCAGAAGCCAAAUACAUCGAGAAGACCUCUCCGACCACAGACACCAUCCUCACUGUGACGCCGGCGGCCGCGAUCCUCCGGGCGGAGGCGGAGAAGGUCCGCCAGUACAGCGAGCACCGGCACUCGUACCCAGGGUCCCACCAGGGGGAGCAGCACGACAGCGUGGGCGGGCGCAAGCCCUCCAUCUUGGAACCCUUGACCAGGCCUCGCCCCAGGGACCUGGCCUACUCGCAGCUCUCCCCCCAGUACCACAACCUCAGCUACUCCUCCAGCCCGGAGUACACUUGCAAACCGUCCCACAGCAUCUGGGAGCGCCUCAAACUGAGCCGCAAGCGGCACAGAGACGAGGAGGAGUACAUGGCCGCAGGCCACGCCCUGCGGAAAAAGGUCCAGUUUGCAAAGGACGAGGACCUCCACGACAUCCUGGACUACUGGAAGGGCGUUUCUGCCCAGCACAAGUCCUGA